UCCAAGUGGGCGGGGUUUGAGUUGUUUGAGGAAGCAUGUUUCACGGCGUUCCAACGGUGCCUUUAAGUGCUAACUUUAGCGAGUUUUAUUUUCAUAUUUAAAGUUUAUUUUUCUGUGGAGAAAUAGAGGAAGAGGUCAACAUGCUCCCUCGGGUUGUCUGUCUUAUUUUUUUAGCAUCAUGUUGCAUCGGAGAGUCCAAAACAAGAAAUGUGCUUCUAAUAAUUGCUGAUGAUGCAGGUUUCGAGACAGAGGUUUAUAACAACUCUGUGGUCCACACGCCUCACCUGCGCUCUCUGGCUCAGCGCAGCGUGGUGUUCAAGAACGCCUUCACAUCUGUCAGCAGCUGCUCACCCAGCCGCUCCGCCAUCCUCACCGGCCUGCCACAGCAUCAGAAUGGCAUUUAUGGACUUCAUCAAGGAGUCCAUCACUUUAAUUCUUUUGAUGAAGUACAAAGUCUGCCGCUGCUUCUCAAACAAACCAACGUACACACAGGUAUAAUUGGAAAGAAGCAUGUUGGCCCUGGAUCUGUUUACCCCUUUGACUUUGCCUACACAGAGGAAAACAGCUCUGUCCUCCAGGUGGGGAGGAACAUCACUCGCAUUAAACUCCUGGUCCGCAAGUUUUUCCAGACUCACAAAGAGGAAGCCUUUCAACGAAAGAACGGGGAAAAAGCAGAAGAAAGUAACCGGGAGAAUAUAAAGAGUGAAGAGAGGCCAUUUUUCCUUUAUGUUGCCUUCCAUGAUACUCAUCGAUGUGGACACUCGCAGCCCCAAUACGGAGCUUUCUGUGAGAAGUUUGGGAAUGGUGAAAAGGAGAUGGGUAGAAUCCCUGACUGGACACCACAGUAUUACACACCAGACCAAGUAAAGGUUCCUCCUUUUGUGCCGGAUACACCUGCAUCACGAGCUGACUUGGCUGCACUGUACACCACAGUGAGCCGGCUGGAUCAGGGUAUCGGUUUAGUUCUUCAGGAGCUCAGAGAAGCCGGUUAUGAGAACGACACUCUGAUCAUCUACAGCUCAGACAACGGUAUCCCCUUCCCGAAUGGCAGAACCAACCUGUAUCACUCUGGAACGGCAGAGCCAAUGGUGGUGUCCUCUCCGGAGCACAGGGAGCGAUGGGGAGACACCAGCGAGGCCUACGUCAGCCUGCUGGACAUCACUCCCACCAUCCUCGACUGGUUCUCUGUUCCUUACCCAUCCUACAGCCUACCUGGCACCCCUGCCUCCCAGGUCCACCUCACUGGCCGCUCGUUACUCCCUGCUUUGGUAACUGAGCCCACCAGCUGGCACACAGUCUACUCCAGCCAGUCCCUGCACGAGGUCACCAUGUACUACCCGAUUCGCUCUAUUCAGCAGGGGCCGUACCACCUUCUGCACAACCUGCACUACCGUAUGCCCUUCCCUAUCGAUCAAGAUCUGUACGUGUCGCCCACCUUUCAGGACCUGCUGAACCGCACCACGCUGAGUCAGCCAACACACUGGUUUAAAAGCCUGGAGCAGUACUACUACAGAGCUCGCUGGGAGCUGUACGACACCAGGACAGACCCACUGGAAACGAAGAACCUGGUGUCAGACCUGUCCUACAGAGCCGUGCUGGAGAGCCUGAGGCAGGAUCUGCAGAAGUGGCAGUGGAGGACUGGCGAUCCCUGGGUCUGUGGACCAGACUAUGUCCUGGAGGACAAACUGGAGCCGCACUGCAGACCACUUUACAAUGGAUUAUGAGGGACCCUAAUGGUACCUUCAGUCAUCUUGACUGAUAAAGCUCUAUGGAUGAGGGCAUUUACUUUGUAAAAUACAAGAUGUUUAUUGUAAUUUCUAAUUUUGUAUGUCAGUGAUGCUUUUAAUGCUUAAAAUAAACAAUUUUAGUUGCUUUAA